UUGAGCGGUCGAGCAAACAGAAUGUCAAAGUUCGCUUCUCUACUCGUCUCCGUGUUGAUUGUUGUGCAUCUGCAGGUGUCUUUGGCAAAUGUUUCGCUAGAGGACGCCUCGUUGUCGACUCAGACAACCGAAAAGCAGUGCGGUGGAUAUUGCUUUAACUCUCUGAAGCCCAUUCUGGACCACAUUGCUGUCAAUCAAGAGCGAUUGAAUGCCUGCGACGCCAGCAAGCUGGAGUGCACGGCCAGGCUGGACAGGAUGGAAGGCCAAGUGGCACUCCUCCAGGAGAAAUUAUCCACAAUCGAAGCAGCGAAAGAGGCCCCUGGGGGCAAGAAAGUGAAGAAACUCGAUGGCUUUGUGCAGAUCGGCUCGAGAUUCUUCUACAUCGAGCAGCAUCACGUGGUCAAUUGGUUCUCCGGCACGAAUAUAUGCCGUCAGAUGGGUGGCCAUCUGGCGAGUCCGAGAAGUGGGGAAGAGUUCAGCGGCCUUAAGGAAAAGCUUACAAAAGGCCGGUACUAUUGGCUGGGCAUAUCCGACUUGGCCAAUGAGGGCGUGUUUCGAUCGCAGGCCACGGGAAAAAUGGCUGCUUUUCUCAAGUGAGGCUCCGGGGAACCCGACA